AUGUCAAAAUCAAUUUUUCAGGAUAGGAGGUUCAAAAAUGUAAAUCUCCAAAACGAAGCGUUGACGCAUAAAACGUACGCAUACGAAAAUCCGAUGAGCGGAAAUCAUAAUGAGAAGUUAGAAUUCUUGGGAGAUUCAGUUAUAUCCCUUGUAAUGUCAAAUUAUUUGUAUAAUAGGUGUAAAAAUGAAGGAGAACUUACGAUGAUUAAAGCAAAGUUAGUUUGCAAACAAACUUUGGCAGAGUUUGCGUUAGAUUUAGGAUUGGAAAAAAGGUUGAAACUAGGAAAAGGUGCUUUAUAUUCUAACGCAAGAAAUAAUGAAAAGAUUUUAGAAGACGUUUUUGAAGCUUACAUCGGUGCCGUAUUUUUGGAUUCUGGAGAAAAUUUUCUGGAAGUAAUGGAAUUUAUGAAACCCUUAUUAGUACCAAAAGUUGAGAAACUUCUUCAGGAAAGACGGAAUUUACAGGAAAAUACUAAUACUUCUCAAUCUAUUAUCGGUCCUCAAGAUGUAUCUCUUAAGGCUUUACCUUAUGAAGAUCCAAUUAAUAAACUUCAAACGUGGUCACAGAGAAGAUUCUUUGGUAUACCUCAAUAUAAAUUAGUUGAAAAUAAAGAAGUUGAAAAGAAAUUUCUUCAACCUCAGUUUACUUUUGAAGUUGUCAUUAAUAAUAAGACUUACCCUCAAGGGACGGCAAAAAAUAAAUCGGAGGCUAAAAAAUUAGCUGCCAUCAACGCCCUCAAUGUAAUUGAUGAGAACUUAAAAUUGGCUAAAUAA